CACACAGAGCAGGCUCGCCACUGGUUGAUUGUACCAGAAAGACAGCACAUUGUAAAUGUAAGAUUUCUGUGACAUUCGAAAAUAUGGCGUGCUGGGGAUAUUUAAACAAAUGGACCAAAGUGAAAUUUAUAGCUCACACAUCAGUGCUUUCGCCAAGUAAAAGAAUUGUCCUUCAUCCACAGCAGAGAUGUGCUUUUCGUAAAGUGCAAAGGAAGCCCGAGGCCAGAAAAGGGGUUCAAGAGGAGACGGGCUCUCCUCCUGGGGAAAUGGCGGAGGCGCGACUGUCACAGAAACCUGCCCCAGAGCCCCCUCUCCCCCCACAGAUGCCUCCCAGGAACCCACGCAGGCUUAUCAAGCCUUUGAUGUUCACAAUUGGGUUUACAGGCUGCUCCUUUGGCACAGCCGCCAUCUUGCAGUAUGAGUCAGUGAAGUCCCGCUUGGACAGUCUGUUGGAGGAGAGUGAAUCUGAGAAGAAAGAGAAGUUCCAGACUCAUGAUACAGCUCACUGGCACAAGUGGUGGAAUCAGCUGACAGACUUUCAGCGGCAGGUGAUCAUGUUUAUGUCUAUGGUGGAUGACAUGUGGAGCGGGAUGAGUGAAGGCCAGAGAGUUGCCACAGGCAUUAUAGCGGUGAAUGCUGCAGUGUUGUGCUGUUGGAGGAUCCCAUCCUUGCAGCGAUCCAUGCUCAAGUACUUCACUUCAAACCCAGCCUCUAAGACUCGUUGCCUUCCAAUGGUCCUCUCCUCCUUCAGCCACUAUUCCAUCAUUCACAUGGCGGUGAACAUGUACGUGCUCUGGACCUUCUCCACCACCAUUGUCUCCAUACUCGGGAGGGAGCAGUUCCUGGCCUUCUACGCAUCCGCAGGUGUCAUUUCCACAAUGAUAAGCUACACCUGCAAAACGGCAUCGGGACGCCUGCACCCCUCUCUUGGAGCUUCUGGAGCCAUCAUGACAGUUCUGGCUGCUGUCUGCACAAAGAUGCCAGAGGCUAAACUAGCCAUCGUCCUGCUGCCCAUGUUCAGCCUAACCGCAGGCAGUGCCCUCAAAGCGCUGGUUGCCAUAGACACGGCUGGCCUGGUUCUGGGCUGGAGGAUUUUUGACCAUGCGGCCCAUCUGGGGGGAGCGCUGUUUGGAGUGUGGUACGUAGCAUAUGGCCAAGAACUGAUCUGGAAGAGCAGGGAGCCCCUGGUAAAGUUCUGGCACGAGCUGAGAAGAGGGACGUCAGACAGUGGUGGUGGACCCAGAGAUGGUGGACGGAAAGAUGGAGGGGGUAAAGGAGGAGGCCAAGCAUAGUGACUAUCCUGCCCUACCCACUUCCCUUAACCUCCCAGAAACUCCAGAUCCCACAGCGCAACUCCAAUUGUGCUAGAAUACCUCUUUUUUUUUUUUUUUUUAAUCAUGUUCACUAAA